GUUGUCUGUUAGCCACCGGUCCCGAGCUCUCAGUAGUCGAUCCUCGACCGCGGCCAUCUCGGCGAACUCGUCUUCCGUCUCGUGGUCGUAGUUCAGCAGAUGGCAGAGCCCGUGGAUCACUAAUAACUGAAUGCGGUCGUCGAUAGCUGUCAGGUGCUCCAUGGCGUGCGCGACGCCCGGGCCCUCAUUCCGUGAACCGGCCUUGGCAGCUUUGCGCGCGACGUAGGCCACGGAGACGACCAUGUCGCCCAGAUUGAGCUCGUCCUCGUCGCUCGCGUCGACUUCUGUAGGUGCGGUGCCGGGGCUCAAUUCGUCAUGAAAAGGAAAGCUCAGGAUGUCCGUGCUCCGUCGAACCCCUCGGAACUGCGUGUUCAGUUUGCGCACGGUCGCGUCCGUCGUCAGCCAGAGCCCCACGUCGAAGGCGCCACAAUUUAAUGUUGCGAGGAGGUGGCGCGUCAGCUUCUCGAGGCGGUCGACGUCGACGGCGUGCGAGCGCUGCGUGUUGCGGAUCAAGACCGUUCCUUCUCUUGUUGCGGUCGCGAACAGUGCUGCUCGUCGCAACGGUGCACUUUUGCUGACUCUUGCGCCGCGCAGCAGGGCGCGCGCGGCGGGCGCUCCGAGCAGCAACAUCGCUGUGAGGCAGUGCAUGCGCUGCUAGUCGUCGAUUGUUGUGCGGAUGCUUGCGCGGUUGCGAUGCUAGUGAUCGAUGAUGACGAAUGAUGGCGUUUCGUGCCGAUUCUCCGCUUCUACUGCCUUUCUACAGCUGCAAGCAAUCACAGCGCCUGGC